GAAUCUAGGAAAGCCAACAUGCCAUAGAUCAUCACCCAGUUUCAAAAUCCAAGAAAGCCUAUCUUUGUCAUCCAGAGUGGGGCAUCAAUCAUCUUUUGCAAAAAUGUGGAAUUUAAGGACCUAACCCACUUGCUUUUUCCUAUGCUUUCCCACUAAUACUAAUGUCCCGGCUCAGUUCAAUGCGUCUAGAGGAAGCAAAUACUUUCACUACCAAGCCUCCAGCCCAGCCCACUUUUCAGUGACUACACACUAUGGCUUCUCACUUAAAAGGCUCAUAUAUUCUCCAUGUAUUUUUCUAUUUCAGAAUUUUGCCACCUCUGUUACAGGUAAGAGAGCUUUGUGUUUCUCAAGAAAGCAACAGGAGAGAUUUUAUGAAGCUGGUGGAGGUGGAUGCUGACAGCAAUUUUUGAAGGAAAAAAAAUUUGAAAAAUCAGAGAUACUCACAGUUUUAUACCCAAGGAUCAAAUUCUCAAGAACAGAGAGAUCGAGAACUGCAUGUGAUGAGGAGAAAUCAUUCUCCCGUCCUACCUUUGCAGGAAGAUAAGAAUUCAUGGCUCAGAUAGAGUAAAGGUGUGGUUUAUGGAUCAUACAAUCAGAACAGAGGGUUUUGCUCUACUGGGUAUAAGAUUAAACUAGCUACUUCCAAGACUUCAGCUGCCCAAGCAGCUAUGCUCGGUGUCCUAACUUGCAGCAGCAGCAACUGGUACUUCAACUGCUAGAGUUCCAGUGGCUGAAACAUAUGUCUACCAUCCCGACCACUUCUGCUAAAGACACAAGAGGCGAUUAACGAAGCUGUAGAAGCAGAAGCCGUUACAAUUGAACAUUCAUACAGAAGCAGGAAUUUUGUUUGACGCCCAGAAGAGGUUCCUUCAAUCUCAAAAACAUGCAAGCCUCUUCCAACCACCAAGAGGACUAUAAGUUGAAGGACACACACCCCCAGCUCGGGGAGCGAUGGCCGCAUGGAGGAGUACGUGGUGGAGGCGGGUGGAUCAGCAGCGACAGAGUUACAAGCACUUACGAUCUUGUUGAACAGAUGUAUUAUCUGUAUGUACGAGUGGUAAAAGCCAAAGAUCUUCCCACAAACGCUGUAACUGGAGGGUGUGACCCAUAUGUAGAAGUGAAGCUGGGGAAUUAUAAAGGAAAAACAAUGUACUUUGAGAAGAAAACAAACCCGGAAUGGCACCAGGUCUUCGCAUUCUCUAAAGACAAGAUUCAAUCUUCAGUUCUUGAGGUUUAUGUCAGAGAAAGAGAUAUGGUGUCGAGAGAUGAUUAUCUUGGGAAGGUGGUGUUUGACAUGAACGAAGUUCCAACCAGAGUUCCACCAGAUAGCCCGCUGGCACCUCAGUGGUACAGAUUAGAGGAUAGGCGUGGGGACAGCAAGGUGAAAGGGGAGGUCAUGCUUGCAGUUUGGAUGGGAACCCAAGCUGAUGAAGCUUUUCCAGAGGCAUGGCAUUCAGAUGCAGCUACAGUACAUGGAGAGGGUGUUUUCAAUAUCCGAUCAAAAGUUUAUGUAUCACCAAAGCUCUGGUAUCUCAGGGUCAAUGUGAUUGAAGCUCAAGACGUAGAAUCACAGGACAAAAGCCAACUACCACAGGUUUUUGUGAAGGCUCAAGUUGGAAACCAGGUACUUAAAACCAAGACAUGCCCAACCCGAACCACCAGCCCAUUCUGGAACGAAGAUCUACUCUUUGUAGCAGCCGAGCCUUUUGAAGAAAUGUUGGUAAUGACAAUUGAAAAUAAGAUGGGCCCUUCAAAAGAUGAAGUUAUGGGCAGGAUAAGCUUGCCACUCAACAUCUUUGAGCGGCGCAUGGAUCAUCGGCCGGUUCAUUCUCGAUGGUUCAACCUUGAAAAAUUUGGAUUCGGAGCUUUAGAGGGAGACAAGAGGCAUGAGCUUAAGUUCUCAAGCAGGGUUCAUCUCAGAGUCUGCCUUGAGGGAGCUUAUCAUGUACUUGAUGAAUCAACCAUGUACAUAAGCGACCAACGGCCCACAGCUCGGCAGCUAUGGAAGCAGCCAAUUGGGAUCCUGGAAGUGGGCAUCUUAAGUGCACAAGGGCUUCUCCCAAUGAAGACCAGGGAUGGCCGAGGAACCACAGAUGCUUAUUGUGUGGCUAAGUAUGGGCAGAAAUGGGUAAGAACAAGAACAAUACUCGAGAGCUCCACUCCAAAAUGGAAUGAGCAAUACACAUGGGAAGUCUAUGACCCUUGUACAGUGAUAACACUGGGAGUUUUUGAUAACUGCCACUUGGGUGGGAAUGAGAAACCCGGUGGUGGCGGCGGAGCUGGAAAAGACUCGAGGAUUGGAAAGGUGAGAAUUCGUCUAUCAACCCUAGAAACGGAUCGGAUAUAUACUCAUGCUUACCCGCUUCUUGUUCUACACCCAUCUGGUGUGAAGAAGAUGGGGGAACUCCAACUAGCUGUUCGAUUCACUUGCCUUUCUCUGGCAAACAUGAUAUAUCUCUAUGGACACCCCUUACUGCCAAAGAUGCAUUAUCUACAUCCUUUCACUGUGAACCAACUAGAUAGCUUGAGAUACCAGGCCAUGAGCAUUGUGGCAGCGAGACUUGGCCGCGCUGAGCCACCGUUACGGAAAGAGGUUGUGGAGUACAUGCUGGAUGUGGAUUCCCACAUGUGGAGCAUGAGAAGAAGCAAAGCUAACUUCUUCAGAAUUGUGUCUCUGUUUUCUGGUAUGAUCUCUAUGAGCAGGUGGCUUGGUGAAGUCUGUCAAUGGAAGAACCCCGUCACUUCAGUUCUAGUUCACGUCCUGUUUUUCAUAUUGAUCUGCUACCCAGAAUUGAUACUCCCAACCAUCUUCCUUUACAUGUUUCUAAUCGGGAUAUGGAACUACCGGUUCAGGCCGAGGCAUCCUCCUCACAUGGAUACUAAGCUUUCAUGGGCAGAAGCAGUUCACCGAGAUGAACUAGAUGAAGAGUUUGACACUUUCCCUACGUCUAAGCCUCAAGAUGUAGUGAUGAUGAGAUAUGACAGGCUUAGAAGUGUGGCUGGAAGGAUUCAAACUGUGGUGGGAGACAUGGCAACACAGGGGGAGAGAUUUCAGUCCUUGCUCAGCUGGAGAGACCCAAGAGCUACGAGCCUCUACAUAGUUUUCUGCCUCAUUGCAGCUGUGGCUCUUUAUGUGACACCCUUUAAAAUAUUGGCUUUGGUAGCAGGCCUGUUUUGGCUGCGGCAUCCAAGGUUUCGAAGCAAAAUGCCUUCUGUUCCCAGCAAUUUCUUCAGGAGGCUGCCUGCUCGCAGUGAUAGCAUGCUCUGAAAAAUGGAACACAACCAAGCUGUUUCUCACUGUUUUAACGUCAAUUCUAAUUUUGUACCUCAUCCUUUCACUGUGUUUCCAUUAACAUGUCUGUUCUUUUGUUUGUUCAAUAGAAAAAGGGCAAGAAUCAACUCAGAUCUUAAGUUCCCUUGUGUGACA